GAUCGCUUCUCGAUGUCGUCCCUCUUUCCUUCUCGACGAAACAACAACCACCAACCAACACGAAGCCAAAUAGAUACUAGUAGUAGCACUGCGUUGUCUCUCUUGAUUGACUUGGUCUAUUGAUGAUUGAUUGACUUAUUCUUGACGAUUAUUGCUCCAUCAUGAGUAUCACGCACGAGUUUUACAAUGCGACCGUGGCCGACGCGAUGGACAAUGAGUACUUGCAGUGCAAAGACAGCAUUUGGGUGCAACACGUGAUGCGUCUGGUGCUUUUGUACUCGUCGGCGGCGCUGAGUCUGCUCAAUGGAGCGACUUACUACGGACUGCGCAAGCGACUCCUACUCCGAACAAACUCCCGUCGAGUCUAUCAUCGCCGACUGGCCUACUUUUGCAUUUUUGCCGGCGCCAUUUUGGUGAUUGCUGGCAUGCUCUUUCUAAAUGCCUUUGUGGCGCCCUGCGGAAGAAACAAUUUUCGUCCGUCGGAUUGUCGCUGUCGUGGUUUUGACAUGGGAUACUUCAUCUUUGGACUCGCCGCGUUGUCGUUGGGCGUCGUUUGGUGGGGACAGCAUUUCCGACACCGCGCCUACGAGAAUGCCUACAAGGUCCGUGCCGCCAUGCCACGAGACACCGGAACCGAUUUGGCCGACACCGAUGUGCCGGAUACGGCCACGGAUCCUGAACCCGAAAACCACGGCAUGGAACAAAUCACGGAGGAAGAAGAGGGCUCCUCCUCCUCGUCAUCCUAUGAGGACGGUGGAUUUAGCAGAGCCUUUGUGGUCUGAUCAGAUGGGACCAAUCCAUGCUUCUUUGUGUGCUUGGAUUUUGCAAGCCGUAUGUACGACCUAUUCAUUGGUUUGCAUCGGUUUGCUUGCAUAUACGGUAUAUGACUUACUUGUAUGAUAGAUAUUCUAGCGUAAAUUAAUUUCAUGUUGUAUAUG